AUGGGGCAUCCCAGGGCCGGCGGCGUCCAUGGGUGGUGUUGGCAGCGGCCGAUGGCGCUUCUGCUGCUGCUUUUCCUCGUGCGCCUCUUCGCCUCGGAGCAUCCCCCGCCCGACAUGAACGCCAGCUUCGCCUUCGAUGAGCCCCCAGAUGAGGACGAGGAAGACCUCACCGAGCCCAUAGUAGAGAUGAUUGAACACUCCGAUGACAAUUCGACGAAACCCAAAGAAGUAGAAUUCGGAGAAUGCACGGUUACAUGUGGGAUUGGCAUCCGAGAAGUUUUAUUAAUAAAUGGAUGCCCUGGAGGUGAAACAAAGUGCAUUGUCCGAAUGGAAGAGUGUAGAGGACCAUCAGAUUGUGGAUGGGGCAGACCAAUUUCUGAAAGUCUUACUAGUGUGAAGAUACCUUGUAUCUAUGUACCUCCAGAAAAUCGAUUUCAGUAUACUUGGAAAAUGCUAAUUCCAGAGCAGCAAUCACUCAUUCUUCCAAAUGAUUCUGCUAUUCUGGAGGUACACAGGGACACUCACCCAGUUGCAUUAGAGUGUGAUACCACCGAAGAAGGGGAAUUGAUUGCAUCUGUAAAAUACACAAUAUAUACAACAGCUGAACUGGAGACAAGACGAACCAAAAAUGGGGGCGCAGAUACAGUAACAGCCUUUUUCCUCAUCAGUGGCAUUUUCAUUUGUGUUGGGGUAAUCUUAGCAGCAAUCCUCUUAUUUGUUAACAGACAUGCUAUAAAACAAUUUUGGAGAACAAAAGUAUGGAAAAGCUCCGAUGAGCCAAGCUCAGGUUCAGUGAUUACCUCCUCGAUGCUUCCCACCGCACAACCAUCUCAGACUUCACAAACAGAAAACCAAGCACAUGAACUGGUUUCCUACCCGGAGUGGAAUGCACCAGGAGAAGGAGAAGGAGGCGGGGGUGGAGGGGGCGGAGGGGGAGGAGGGGGCGGAGGGGGAGGAGGGGGCGGAGAAGGAGACAAGGGGAAUUAUUAG